UCUUUGUGUGCGAGGCAGCGGCGUCUCGGCCGCAGCGCUGUAGGUUAACCUAACGGUUCCGCGGAGGCGACGCGUCCAUGGGCAGUACCGCCGACAAAGGAGCCAGGAUGGUGUUAGUUCAUGUCGGAUAUCUGGUUCUCCCCGUGUUCGGUUCAGUAAGAAGCAGAGGAGCACAUUUCAGCCGGCACCAGCAUAGCCAUGCUACCUCCUGCCGCCAUUUCCACUUGGCUGCUACGGCAACGCCCCUGCCUGCAGAGUUCCCGCCCACUCCACUGGCUCCGCCACAGUAUCAGGAGGUUCCGCCCACUUUCCUACCUCAGGCCUUACAGCAGCAAUACCUCAUACAGCAGCAGCUACUGCAGCGCAGACGCACGCAGGAACGUGUUCCACUGAACGCGCACCGGAUACGCCCCGGAUACGAUUACUCUCCGCCCCUCCACAUCCCACAGCCAAUCACACAGCAGCCCAGAUACCUGGCAGAGGGCACGGACUGGGAUCUGAGUGUCGACGCUGGUUUAUCUCAUCAGUAUCAACUGCAGCAGAUCCCUCAGCCCUACCAGCAUUACUUAGCUUCUCCCAGAAUGCACCACUUCCCCCGGAACACCUCCUCCACACAAGUGGUUGUCCAUGAAGUGAGGAACUAUCCGUAUCCUCAGCUCCACCUGCUGGCGCUGCAGAGUCUGAGCCCCAACCGGCACGCUUCUGCUGUACGAGAGAGCUACGAGGAGCUGCUUCAGUUGGAGGAUCGGUUGGGCAGUGUAAGCCGAGGGGCCAUCCAGACCACCAUUGAGAGAUUCACCUUCCCUCACAAGUACAAGAAGCGGAAGCCAGUGGAGAUGAAGCUGUGUGAAGAUGAGGAAGAGUCCGACGUUGAUGAGAAAUGCACCAUCUGUCUGUCCAUGCUGGAAGACGGCGAGGACGUCAGGCGGUUGCCCUGCAUGCACCUCUUCCAUCAGGCGUGCGUGGACCAGUGGUUGGCCACCAGCAGAAAGUGUCCCAUCUGCAGAGUGGACAUCCAAACACAGCUCUCACCUGACAGCUGAAACACAAACACACACACACACACAUAAACACACACCUCAUGUCAGUAGUGUUAACACAGGUACUUUAGACUCGAUGCUGAGACAUUUGUUCUACAUUCACUGCAUCAGAGCUAAAAUACAUACACACACACACACACACACACACACACACACACACACACACACACACACAUUACUGGUAUACACUCUAUAUGUACUGCACUGUGCAAAAGCCACAGACCACCUUCAUUUAUUUCUCAUCCAAAAGAGAAAUAAAGAACAAGGUAUUUAUUGUUUACCUUUGUUACAGCUUCGUUCUUUUCAGGAGAUUCGAGUUUAGUCUUAGAAGCUGGUUGAUCAUUUUCUGCUUCUCACAAUGCAAAUAAACCCAGUUACACCUGUGGAUGUUCAGAUGUGGAGCAGGAGUGGAGCUCGAUUUCCUCCUCUCUCUCAAAGCUUUAAGUGCUGUUUAUCUCCUGAAAAAUCAAUAGCUUGUACUUCACAUUAGCUUGUGAAUAGCUUGUACCAUUUUGACCGGAAAUGCAAUAAAUGAAGGGGUGGUCUCGGAAUUUUGCGCAGUACCGUACACACAGUCUCAGCAGGGAUGGGUUAAUUAAUUGUCGGCCCCCUGGGCAUGGGACUCCGCAGGGCCUCCCCUCAGCACCAGCCUGACUGGCUACAGAAAUCCAUUUCAAAUUCCGGGACUGUAUUUUUACUGGCUUGUGUUGUGCUAAAGGGGAGUUCCACCCAUUUUUCAAAAUGCUGAAGUGUAAAGUGUCAUUUAAAGUGCUUUUGGUGUGAAGUUGUUCAUUCUAGAGAAACGUGCAGAUUUCCUUACAGUGGCGCUGAAAGGAACCAGAGCUCGCCAUGUCAACACGCUUAAAAAUUUGGUUCUUUAAGGCUUCUUUAUUAAAGUUGGUGGCUCUAUUUAGAACCAUGAGUUCUAUAUAGAACCAUUUGGGUGCUUAAAUGGUUCUUUGGAUGGUGAAAUAGCACCAACGAGGGUUCUACUGCUGUUAAGAUGUCAAGCUUGUAAGUAUAGCAGAAUAUAUAGAACCAUUUUCAAAAAGGUUCUAUAUAGAACCAUAUACAACACAUUCUUCAGUCGAUCUGAAGAACAAUUUCACCAGAAAUUCUGAAUAGAUCUCGUGGCACUCAUUUAUGACCAUUUCAUGCAUUAACGGUCUGUGAGGGAGCUUUUAGAGGUGGACGUCUGGUUCCUAUCCCCACCACUGUGAACAGCAGUGAAGUUUGUUUACAUUUUAACCUUUUAAUUAUGCAUAUUUAUGCAAAAAGUCUGUAAUAAAUCUGUGCUGAGUGCCCCCUAGUGGCCGUGGCCCAGUAGGCCUGAUUAACAAUCCAUCCUUGAAUCUCAGUCAUGUGCAGCGCACACACACACACACACACACACACACUCAUCAUUUCAGUGAGCCAUCCUACACACACUUGCUUUACUGAGCCAAUCAGACUCUUACACUGCUCUCACACACACACACACACACACACUGUAGGGGCACACUUAAGGCUUUUUAUUGAUCAAUGUGAGGAUGAUGUUAAUAGGGGACUGCUCUGUGUGUGUGUGUGUGUGUGUGUGUGUGUGUGUAUUGGUAGCAUCAGUGUGUGUUUGUGCAAUCCUGAAGCCAUGCCCUGAGCUUGUAGCCACACACACAUACAGUUAUCUCCAUAAACAUGAGUGUGUGACUUGGUGUGUGUGUGUGUGUGUGUGUGUGUGUGCGUUUACAUGUCAAGGGUCGUAGAAGAUAUCUAGCACUAACGUUCUUGUAGAAAA